UUUAGAUAAACCCUAACAAGUAACAAAACAUUAGAACCUGUCGACACUGAAUUUCUGUGCUCGCAACAGCAGGGAAAAAAAUGAAAAACCUGAAGCUACAGUCGGAGAUCUCUCAGAAUCUGGAAUUACAAUCGCAAGAAGAAGUUCUUCUCUUCUCCGCUUUCGACUUCGAACGCAACCGUCUCUUCUUCGCUUCUUCCAACAAUUUCAUUUACACAGCUGAUCUUUCUUCUUUCCAAAAUGGAAAAUCGAAAAGCUUGUUAUUAGCGUCGUCGGUGAUUAAUCAAAUUGAAUUGGAAGAUGGAGACUUAAUUACGGCAUUUGAUUAUCUGCUGGAGAAAGAAGCCUUAAUUAUUGGAACGGAAAAUGGUCUUUUAUUAUUGCAUAAUGUUGAUGAUAAUUCUACUGAAAUCGUUGGUCAAGUCAAUGGCGGUGUUAAGUGCAUCUCGCCGAGUCCUGACGGCGAUUUGCUUGCUAUCCUCACUGGUUUCCGACAAAUGCUAGUUAUGACUCAUGAUUGGGAUUUGUUGUAUGAAACCGCAGUUGGUGAUGGUGAUGGUGCUGGUCUUGACGUAAGUGAAUUUGAUGGCAAGGAUAUGUUUGAGAGUUCUGUUACAUGGCGAGGUGAUGGGAAAUAUUUUGCGACUAUAAGUGAAGCGAGUGAUUCUUCUCUCAUGCUUAAGAGGAUUAAGGUUUGGGAACGUGAUUCAGGUGCGUUGCAUUCUACAUCGGAUUUAAAGAUAUUUAUGGGGGCAGUUUUGGAAUGGAUGCCGAGUGGAGCGAAAAUUGCUGCUGUGUAUGAUAGGAAAGUGGAGAAUAGGUGUCCUGAUAUAGUUUUCUAUGAGAAGAAUGGGCUGGUGAGGAGUUCUUUUAGUAUUAAAGAAGCAGUGGAUGCAAAGGUGGAAAGUCUUAAGUGGAAUUGUAGUUCAGACCUUCUUGGAUCUGUUGUUAGAUGUGAGAAAUACGAUGCUGUUAAGGUCUGGUUUUUCAGCAACAAUCAUUGGUAUUUGAAACAUGAAAUUAGAUACUCGAGACAGGAUGGAGUGAGGUUCAUGUGGGAUCCAGUAAAGCCUUUACAGUUUAUUUGUUGGACCCUUGGAGGCCAGAUCACAAGCUACAACUUUGCCUGGAAUUCUGCUGUGGUGGAGAACUCAAUAGCAUUAGCCAUUGAUGGCUCCAAAAUACUUGUAACUCCACUUUCCUUAUCACUGAUGCCACCUCCCCUUCAUUUAUUCAGCCUCAAAUUUCCAAGUGCAGUAAGAGACCUGGCUUUAUAUUCCAAUAAUUCUAAGAAUAGUGUAGCUGCAUUUUUAUCAGAUGGCUCUUUGGGUGUUGUAGAACUUCCUGACCCGGAUACAUGGGAGGAACUUGAAGAAAAAGAAUUUGGUGUUGAAGCUUCUAUUUCUGAGACAGGUUUUGGAUCCUUUGUACACCUCACAUGGCUGGAUUCUCACAUAUUACUUGCUGUUUCGCAUUAUGGCUUCACUCAAAGUAAUUGUGCAUCCCGCAGCUCAAUGGGUGAGGAUGGACUUAGUGGUUUCUAUUUGCAGGAAAUUGAACUUGUGUGCUCCGAGGAUCAUGUACCAAGUUUGGUAACUGGAUCAGGCUGGCAUGCAAGGAUUUCCCAUAGGAACUAUUUGGAAGGGCUUGUGAUUGGCAUUGCUCCUAAUCCUGCUAAGAAAUGUUCGGCUUUUGUUCAGUUUGAUGGAGGAAAAAUUGUUGAGUAUGCAUCAAUAUUGGGCUUUGCUGGAACUGGAGGUUCAACAAAACAUGAUGACAUGAGCUUUUCAUCAUCUUGCCCUUGGAUGAGUGCAGCUCAGGUCAGUGACAGUGGGUUGUUAAAGCCCUUGCUGUUUGGUCUUGAUGACAUUGGGAGGCUGCAUUUUGGUGGGAAAGUACUAUGCAACAACUGCAGUAGUUUCUCAUUGUACUCUAAUUUGGCUGAUCAAGUAAUCACACAUUUGAUACUUUCCACCAAACAAGACUUUCUCUUUGCUGUGGAAAUCAGUGAUAUACUGCAUGGAGAAUUAGAGUUAAAAUAUGAGAACUUUGUUCAUUCAGGUAACAGAAGAAAAGAAGAAAACAUGAACUUCAUAAAUAUUUGGGAAAGAGGUGCCAAAAUUAUUGGUGUCCUGCAUGGUGAUGCUGCUGCUGUUAUUGUACAGACAACUCGGGGAAAUCUGGAAAGCAUUCACCCUAGAAAGCUGGUUCUUGCUUCAAUUGUCAAUGCUUUGAUCCAAAGGCGUUUUAGGGAUGCACUGCUGUUGGUCAGACAACAUAGAAUAGAUUUCAAUGUUAUUGUUGACCAUUGUGGAUGGCAAACUUUUAUUCAGUCAGCUUCAGAAUUCGUCAAACAGGUUAACAAUUUGAGCUAUAUAACUGAGUUCAUUUGUUCCAUAAAAAACGAGAACAUUAUGGAGACUCUAUACAAAAACUAUAUCUCUACACCCUACCAAAACGGAGGUGGAGAUGUUCAAGCUAAGGAAGUCAUGGGUUUUGAUGCUUCCUGUAAGGUUUCUGCUCUGCUCCUGGCCAUAAGGAAGGCUCUUGAGGAACAAGUCUCCGAAAGCCCUGCAAGGGAGCUUUGUAUUCUGACCACUCUGGCACGUAGUGAUCCUCCUGCGCUUGAAGAAGCUUUGGAAAGGAUCAAAGUUAUUCGUGAAAUGGAAUUAUUAGGUUCAAGUGACCCUAGGAGAAUGUCCUAUCCUUCUGCUGAAGAAGCUCUAAAGCAUCUGUUGUGGUUAUCUGAUUCUGAUGCUGUAUUCGAAGCUGCCUUGGGACUUUAUGAUUUGAACCUUGCAGCUAUUGUGGCACUGAACUCUCAACGAGACCCCAAGGAAUUUCUUCCUUAUCUACAAGAAUUAGAACGCAUGCCAAGCCUCAUAAUGAGCUACAAUAUCGACCUUCGGUUACACCGGUUUGAGAAGGCUCUCCGACAUAUUGUUUCUGCUGGUGACGCUUAUUAUUCAGAUUGUAUGGACCUCAUGAACAAAAAUCCUCAAUUAUUUCCUCUGGGUCUUCAAUUGAUUACUGAUCCUGCAAAACAAAAGCAAGCCCUUGAGGCCUGGGGUGAUCAUCUUAGUGAUGAGAAAUGCUUUGAGGAUGCCGCAACAACUUAUCUGUGUUGUUCCAGUUUGAAAAAUGCCUUGAAGGCAUAUCGUGCUUGCGGUAAUUGGAGUGGGGUGCUUUCUGUUGCUGGGCUCCUUGAAAUGGGGAAAAAUGAGAUAAUGCAACUUGCUCAUGAUCUUUCUGAAGAGCUCCAAGCACUUGGUAAACCAAGAGAGGCUGCCAAAAUUGCUCUGGAGUAUUUGGGAGAUGUUAAUAGCGGGAUUAAUUUGUUAAUUAGUGGAAGGGACUGGGAGGAGGCUUUGAGGGUUGCUUUUAUGCAUAGUCAAGAGAAUCUGGUAUUGACAGUGAAGAAUGCAGCUUUGGAUUGUGCAAGCACACUAAUCAGUGAAUACAAGGAAGGCUUGGAGAAGGUAGGGAAGUACUUGGCUCGUUAUUUAGCUGUUCGGCAGAGAAGAUUACUUCUGGCAGCAAAGCUUCAGUCAGAGGAAAGGUCAAUGAAUGAUCUGGAUGACGAUACUGUUUCAGAAGCUAGCAGUAAUUUCAGUGGCAUGAGUGCCUACACCACAGGAACAAGGAAGGGCUCUGCCUCUUCUGUGACCUCCAGUGUCACUAGUAAGGCUAGAGACAUGAGGCGUCAACGGAAAAGAGGAAAGAUUCGCCCUGGCAGCGCUGAUGAAGAGUUAGCACUGGUAGAGCAUUUGAAAGGCAUGUCUCUAACAGCUGGAGCAAAGCAUGAGCUUAGAUCUUUAUUAGUUACACUUGUGAUGCUUGGUGGUGAAGAGAUUGCAAGAAAGCUCCAAUUUGCUGGAGAGAAUUUUCAACUGUCUCAGAUGGCAGCAGUCAAACUAACUGAAGAUACGAUUUCUACUGAUAUCACAAGUGAGCAGGCACACAAUUUGGAGCAAUAUGUUCAAAAAAUGAGAAACGAACUCCCAAAUUUAGAUUCGUUUUCUUGGCGAUAUAAAGUAUUCAUUUCUCCUUAAGAGGUUGUAUAUUGCUGGCCAUGUAGUUCCAGGAUCUGAAUUGUGUUCAUCCUGUAUGCUUUGCUCGUGAGGCAGCUAGCUCAUCAAGAGCUAGGAUGGUUUUGGAUGGAGGAAUGCCGUAGUAUUGGGCGGAAUUCUUUUCAAGAAGUUUGUUAAUCUUUUUAUUCUUGGCUUUUGUGUCAGCUGCAUCAUGUGCGUUCGUUCCUUACCCGCAGCUGGGCUCGGCCUUUUUUAUAAAAAAUGUAUUGUUAUAUUAGUAGUGGUGGAGUAGAUGUCAUUUUAAUUUAUUACUAAUUUUUUAUUUUAGGAACAGUUAUCAAAGCCUUCGUGGCUACUGCCCACUGCUUGUGUCUGGGAAUUCACUUUGUUUUCUCGCAUGGGAAUUUGAUGAUUCUUCAAGAUUUCUUUGCAAUAUUCCGUACA